GUGACAUCAAGUUCCUACACCUAUGUCUCGGGGUGGUUGCAUCGCGCUGGGGCUUUCGGGCUGAUAAUGACCGCGAUCCCAGCUUCAGUCACCAUAUGGGGGGAUCGGCUCGUCAUGUUCAAGGUGCCAGUAUCUUGCAUGUAUCCUCUGAGAUUGUCAUACAUCGUUCAGCUAUGUUCGGAUUUCUGGCCGUGAGAGGCGGGACCGACCCCGAGACGAGGCGAGCCCUACCGGCAGAAAGUGCUAGAUCGCCAGGACGAUCUCGCAUUGUGGCUUUACUAAAGAACCUGCAAAUCACUCCGGAAGGGAAAAAGCUACUCGGACUGCAUUACCCCGGCCCCGCCUCCCCGCACUGUUCGGCUUUUGUGGUCCUUAUGUUGAUCUCGGACAUCUUCCGGGUCGUCAUACUCUUAAGAAGUUCCCGUCUUUUAAGACAAGGAUUGUCAUAGCUAUCAGCGACCAACACGACAGCCAGCAUGUCAAAAUCACCGACUGAGCAUAUAGAACUUUCACAGACGAAACUUGAGAAUGCCUCGGACGCCCUGUACGAGGCCUACGCCUCCAAGGGCCCUGAAUGGCACCAGCAGAUGACCCGACGCUUACUCCGAAAGGUGGAUCUGCAUCUCCUGCCCUUCCUGGUGGUGAUGUAUCUGCUGAACUUCCUGGAUCGAAACAAUCUCUCGCAAGCCCGACUUGGGACAUUGGAAAAAGACCUGGGCAUGACAGGCACCGACUUCAACCUGGCGACGAGUAUUUUGUUCGUCGGAUACUUGCUCAUGCAGCUCCCAUCUAAUCUGCUGCUGACGCGCGUGAAGCCGUCAUGGCUGCUGGGUGGUGCAAUGGCGAUCUGGGGUAUAAUAUCUGCAGCUCAGGCAGCAACGACCUCGUUUACCGGGUUAGUUCUUGCGAGGUUCUUCCUAGGGUUUGUGGAGGCGCCGUUCUUCCCAGGAGCGAUCAUGUUGAUGUCGAGUUGGUAUACCAGGCAGGAGUUGAGUCAUCGAAUUGCCUGGUUUUACGCCGGCAGCUCCUUGGCCAACGCGUUUGGCGGCCUUAUAGGCGCGGGAGUACUGGGCAAUCUGGACGGGGCACACGGGAUUGCGGGCUGGCGAUGGCUUUUCAUCAUCGAGGGCAGCAUUACAGUCGGUGUAUCGCUCUUCUCGACCCUCUGGCUUCCCAACUACCCAGCGACCACCUCCUGGUUGGAUGAGACCGAACAAGCCUAUGCCCAGUGGCGUCUCAUCAACGAUGCCGGCGAGGCCGAUGAUACAAACGCUGUCAGCAUCAAAGACGCGCUGGUGAUGGUGUUCCGGGACCGACGAAUCUAUCUCUUCAUUCUGCUACAGCAUAGCUCGCUUCUCUCACAGACUUUCCAAUACUUCUUCCCGACGAUUGUCAAGACACUGGGCUACGGGAGCAUCGAGACCCUGCUGAUCACUGCGCCCGUGUGGAUCGCCACGUUCCUUGUUUCUCUGUUGGUGACUUGGACGUCUGGACGGACCAACGACCGCAGUUGGCACAUCAUCGGGUUGAUGAGCGUGAGCGCAGUGGGUUGCAUCAUCUGCACGGCCACGACCAAUAUUGGUGCAAGGUUUUUCGCCAUGUUUCUGAUGCCCAUGGGCGCUGUGUCAGCUUACCAAAUCAUCAUCGCCUGGGUGGCCAAUUCGUUCCCUCGGCCGCUGGUCAAGCGCUCGGCAGCUAUCGCGACGGCCAAUAUGGUCGGGAACACAGCGACGAUUUAUGGCAGUUAUAUGUGGCCAUCAUCGUCAGGACCGAGAUAUGUCCCCGGCGGCAGUGCGACGGCAGUGGUUGCGGUUCUGGUGGCAGUGUUGGCGUGGGUCAUUCGGAUGGUGCAUGUGAGGAUGAACAAGAGGCUGGAGGAGGAGGAGAGGGACCACGAAGUGGAGAAUCCAGGAUUCAGAUACAUUCUGUAAACGUUUUCCUAGUAGUACUAGAGAAUAAGUGUGAAACAUG